UCUGUGUUUAUGUGCGCGCGUGUGUUGAUGGCAGCCUCCAGUGACAGCAUGCAGAACAUAAACAGCGCGCUCUGUCAAAUAGCCACAGAAAAACUUACAAACACGCAUCUCACAACUUUGCAAACCGUGACGAAAGCAUUACGGGAUGAACAGUUCAGAGCCAGUGUUGACAGGGAGGCGCUUGGAAGCCUCUUUGCAGUGUUGUCAAGACUUUCUGUGGAUGUUGAGCAUUUGAUUGAAAACAUGGAUUCACAAGAAGAAGAAGCAUCUGUAUGCCUUAAACUCACCGCAGAGUGUUUCAGAGCGCACAGAAAUGCCUGUGUGCAGUGCUCUCAAAACCAGUGCUGCCUGAGAGAUCUAGGCUCUAUCAAGCUAUCUUUUGAGAUUUUGGCCAGACUCCUGAAGAUUUCAUCAGGAGGUUCAAAUGACAUUUAUGACGCACUUCGAUGUGGGAUUCAGUUUCUUGGUAACAUUGCUGUUGGAAACCAGCUUUGCAAAGAUGACAUCUGGGAGCUUGGUUUCCCGCACAUCUUCUGGGACCUUUUGGAGCUUGCAGAUGAGAAAGCUGUUUCAUACACAUGUAUGGUGAUCCACACUUGUCUGGAUGAACACAAGACAGAGCAGCUAGUUAAAGACACUCAGCAGCUUAAAUUGUCCCUGAAGAUCAUGGACUUGUGCAGGACGUUGCCUGAUGUGGACUGGACGGUCUUUAUUGUCACACAACACUUUCUCAAGUCGUCAGAGCUUGUUAGGAAGAUGUACACCCAAAUGACCAAUGAGGAAAGGCUCACACUGUUGGAGCUGAUAUUAGCACAGCUUGGUGUCGUUGAGGAGGAGAACUGUUUAAUGCCCCUGAGCGCAGCUCAGUUCCUGGCUUCCUGCUUCACUGAUCACUGCAGAGCUGUUCUCACUCUGAGCUCUGAAUCAUCAGAUGACCAGGAGGCUCUGGUUGUCAUCAGGCUUUUGGACAUCCUUUGUGAAAUGACCUCUGACUGCAAGGAGUUCAUGGCACUGCAGGAUCACUCUGACCUUUUGAGCGCAACAGUCGAUCUCUUGAAAAAGGUCCACUUACUGGGCAAAACCAGUAAAAAUGUGUUCACCGCAGCACACGAUUUCUCCUUGACAAGGCCAGGGGGCGCCGACACCCAUCCUGCCCUCAGUUUCAAAGCUCAUCUCAUUCGACUCAUUGGGAACCUAUGUCAUGGCAACGUUGUCAACCAGGACAAGGUAAGAGAACUGGACGGUAUAGCUCUCAUUCUGGACAACUGCAGCAUUGAUAGCAACAACCCCUUCAUAAGCCAGUGGGCUGUGUUUGCCAUCCGGAACAUCAUGGAACACAACCUAGAGAAUCAGAAGCUGAUACAAGGUCUUCGGAGACAAGGUGUGGCAGAUGACACGAUGCUCAGAGAAAUCGGCUUCAGAGUGGAAGAAAGGGAUGGCAGUCUACUGCUUAGGCCCCUAAAGAAGGACCCAUAGUUGAUUAAGUAGAGCCCGGGAUGCCCAUCCCCACACCCCUUUACCAUGCUAUAUUACACUCUGGAGAUGGCUUAAAAUGCCCACAACACACUGGGGCCAUUAAAUAUCCAAUCAGUAGUUGGCAGCACAAGGGGGUGGUCUGGGCUUUGUGUUCUCCACAC